ACUGGAUGUGUCCGGUGAACAAGGGAGACGACAAGAAGAAGAAAGAUGUGAACAAGGAGGAGGAGGAGGGCAGCGAGCCCAAAGGAGACCCGGAGAUGGCUCCCAUCUACCUGAGGAGACUUCUGCCUGUUUUUGCACAAACCUUUCAGCAAACCAUGCUGCCUUCUAUUAGGAAAGCCAGCCUGGCUCUGAUCAGGAAGAUGGUUCACUACAGCAGUGAAGUGCUGCUGAAGGAGGUGUGUGACAGCGAGACAGGACACAACCUCCCCACUGUGCUGGUGGAGAUCACUGCUACUGUCCUCGACCAGGAGGACGACGACGACGGUCACCUUCUGGCUCUGCAGAUCAUCAGAGAUCUGGUGGAUAAAGGUGGGGACGUUUUCCUCGACCAGCUGGCUCGACUGGGAGUCAUCAACAAGGUGUCCACUCUGGCUGGACCGGCGUCUGAUGACGAGAACGAAGACGAAACCAAACCAGAGAAGGAGGAGGAGGUGCAGGAAGAUGCGAGGGAGAUCCAGCAGGGGAAGCCGUAUCACUGGAAGGACUGGUCCAUCAUCAGAGGCAGGGACUGUCUCUACAUCUGGUCGGAUGCUGCUGCGCUGGAGCUCUCCAACGGCUCCAACGGCUGGUUCAGGUUCAUCCUGGACGGGAAGCUGGCCACCAUGUACUCCAGCGGGAGUCCAGAGGGAGGAUCGGACAGCUCUGAGUCUCGCAGUGAGUUCCUGGAGAAGCUGCAGCGGGCGAGGAGUCAGGUGAAACCAGUAACAGCCAGUCAGCCCAUCCUGUCCAGUGUGGGUCCCACGAAGCUGACGGUGGGCAACUGGUCUCUGACCUGCCUGAAGGAAGGCGAGAUCGCCAUCCACAACUCAGACGGACAGCAGGCCACCAUCCUGAAGGAAGACCUGCCGGGCUUCGUCUUCGAGUCCAACAGAGGAACCAAACACUCCUUCACCGCCGAGACCUCACUGGGCUCAGAGUUUGUGACGGGCUGGACGGGGAAGCGAGGCAGAAAGCUGAAGUCGAAGCUGGAGAAGACAAAGCAGAAGGUGAAGAGCAUGGCGAGGGAGCUGUACGACGAUCACUUCAAAGCUGUAGAGAGCAUGCCCAGAGGGGUGGUGGUCACUCUGAGGAACAUCUCCACGCAGCUGGAGUCCGCCUGGGAGCUGCACACCAACCGACAGUGUAUUGAGGGGGAGAACACAUGGAGGGACCUGAUGAAAACGGCUCUGGAGAACCUGAUCGUAGUUCUGAAGGAUGAAAACACGAUUUCUCCGUAUGAGAUGUGUAGCAGUGGUCUGGUCCAGGCUCUGUUCACCGUCCUCAACAAUAGUGUGGAACUGGACCUGAAACAUGAUUGUAAGCCUUUAAUGGAGAGGAUCAAUGUAUUUAAGGCGGCUUUCAGCGAGAAUGAAGACGAUGAAAGCCGACCAGCUGUUGCCUUAAUCCGUAAACUGAUAGCUGUCCUGGAGUCUAUAGAACGUCUACCUCUGCACCUGUACGACACUCCGGGCUCCUCAUACAACCUGCAGAUCUUGACAAGGAGGUUGCGGUUCCGUCUGGAGCGAGCGCCAGGUGAGACGGCUCUGAUCGACCGGACGGGUCGCAUGUUGAAGAUGGAACCGCUCGCUACCGUGGAGUCUCUGGAGCAGUACCUGCUGAAGAUGGUGGCGAAGCAGUGGUACGACUUUGAGCGUUCAUCCUUCGUUUUCGUGAGGAAGCUGAGGGAGGGACAGACCUUCACGUUCAGACACCAACACGACUUUGACGAGAAUGGAAUCAUCUACUGGGUUGGAACCAACGCCAAGACGGCCUAUGAGUGGGUAAAUCCCGCUGCCUAUGGCCUGGUGGUGGUGACAUCAUCAGAGGGGCGGAACCUCCCCUACGGGAGGUUGGAGGACAUCCUGAGUCGGGAUAGCUCCGCCCUCAACUGCCACACCAAUGACGACAAGAACGCCUGGUUCGCUGUCGACCUCGGGCUCUGGGUCAUUCCCUCAGCGUACACCCUGAGACACGCCAGGGGUUACGGCCGCUCUGCGUUGAGGAACUGGGUGUUUCAGGUGUCGAAGGACGGCCAGAACUGGACGACUCUCUACACCCACGUAGACGACUGCAGCCUCAACGAACCGGGGUCGACGGCCACGUGGCCUCUGGACCCGUCCAAAGAGGAGAAGCAGGGGUGGAGACACAUCCGGAUCAAACAGAUGGGGAAGAACGCCAGUGGUCAGACUCACUACCUGUCUCUGUCCGGACUCGAGCUGUACGGCACAGUCACCGCCGUCUGUGAGGACCAGCUCGGUAAAGCUGUGAAGGAGGCGGAGGCGAACCUUCGUCGUCAGCGGCGCCUGUUUCGUUCCCAGGUGAUGAAGUACAUCGUCCCGGGGGCGCGGGUCGUCCGUGGCAUCGACUGGAAGUGGCGUGACCAGGACGGCAACCCGGCCGGAGAAGGCACAGUCACCGGAGAGGCUCACAACGGCUGGAUUGAUGUAACCUGGGAUGCUGGCGGCUCUAACUCUUACCGUAUGGGCGCUGAAGGGAAGUUUGACCUCAAGCUUGCUCCAGGGUACGACCCUGAGUCGGCUGCCACAGCGCCGUCACCCAAACCUGUCUCAUCCACUGUUUCAGGCCCCGCCUCCUCCACGGUGGGACCCUCUGUGAUGCCGGCGGCCAGCGGCGGCACCACCACCACCACCUCGUCCUCGUCCUCCUCCACCUCGAGGAGGAGGAGGAGGAGGUCAUGUACGGUUUGUGACCAGAAAUACUGA